UUUGAAACCUAUUCUUUAAAAAGUCAUUGUAAAUAAGUAACUACACAUCACUGUAUUUAUCAAACUGAAUACCAUAAAAUAUACAGUAUCUAGAAGUACUACUCCUACUAUUUGCGCAGUUUAUAAAGCAAAGCAAUUGAUUGAUCUUUGCGCAAAAUUUUAUCAUGUGCUGCUCCACACAGAUAAUUAAUUAGUAAACAGCUUAUGCAGCCUGAGCCGCUUGACUGGUCCCAUCACAAGACCUCAAGUCAGCAGACUGUACAAUGUGCUGUCCUCACGUCUCCCAUUACAACUCAAGGGUAAUUCGGUUAAACUAGACGUUCCCGAUCUUCUCUCCAGUCUUACGGAUGUUUUUACAUACUUCUGCAAAUGACGUCUCAAGGACUCCGACCCAGAUGGUUAUGAUUCGUUUUAUGUGAUGACGCUUGAGACGCUGUCAAAGAAUCAUUUGCUGAAUCACAAAUAAUAUUUGACAUUGUAGCAAUAGAAGAUGGAAAGUUCGUGCGAUGCAUCCAUUAUUUACUUUGGGGACCACUCUUGUAUUCUCUAAUUGAUUAUUUUAUCUGGUUCUUUGCAACAAGUAUCCACAUUAAAUUUCAAAAGAAAUUUUAGGCACGGUGUGACCUCCAAAGUUGACACGCCGAAAGUAGUAAUUUUUGUGUAAGGUCUCUCACAUUUUAAAAUCGGUAUGCGUUUAUCCCACUUUAAGCAUUAACUGCGGAUGUGUCGUUUUCUUUUUCUUUGUGAUGCCACCACAGAAGGGUACAAAGAGGAAAGAACCAGAAAUGUCACUGUUUUUGUGACAUCAGGAAGCAUGGGCAAUGCAAUAAAUUAUAGUUAUCAAUUGCAUACACAACUUCUACAGUUGGCUGGGGACCAGUCCAGGGUGUACACCCAAAGUCAGAUGGAAGAGGUUCCAGCUCACCCGCGAUCCAAAUGAGGACAAGUGGUAUAAAAAAAUGUAUGGGUCAAUGCAACCCUAUCCAAAUUAUUUUUUUAGCAAUCAGAUGCCAAUGUAAAUAGCACGUAACCAAAAGCAGAAAGACUGGCUUGAAAAAUGACCACAGAAGCGUUCCAACGGAUGUCAAAUUUGGACUGUCCUGAAAACGUUUUCAUCCAAUCCCCAAACACGUGACGUACUGGAAGCAGGGCAGCCAAGAGAAAUGCUACAAAAUGACAAGAAUAGACUAAAUUAAAUUAAAGGAAUAAUAAUAAUGCAAAUAAAUACAAUUUUGCGUGACAAAUAUUAGAAAGAAGGUUGUAAAUGUAGGUCUGUGCUCCUGAUAGUCUUGAGGAUUAUUACAAAAUAUAUAGUACCAAUAUAAGACACUGUCGUUGCCAAGGGAGAUGUCCCACUUUUAACAUAGCACGUCAGCCUUAAGAGGCCCUGUCAGCUGUUGGUGAUUACCUCUCCAAAUUGAAUUUGAAGCCUCGGGGAGGAGAAACAGACAAGGCUGGAUGACAUCAGUGUUUGAGGAAAAAAAAAAAAAAAGACAAUACCAAUCAAAAUGCACGUGCGCAGACAUUAAUUUGUUUUUCAAUUUCACCUGCCGGCGGCACGGUGGCCGACUGGUUAGAGCGUCAGCCUCACAGUUCUGAGGUGCGGGGUUCAAUCCCCGUCCCCGCCUGUGUGGAGUUUGCAUGUUCUCCCCGUGCCUGCGUGGGUUUUCUCCGGGCACUCCGGUUUCCUCCCACAUCCCAAAAAACAUGCAUGAAUUGGAGACUCUAAAUUGCCCGUAGGCAUGACUGUGAGUGCGAAUGGUUGUUUGUUCCUAUGUGCCCUGCGAUUGGCUGGCAACCAGUUCAGGGUGUACCCCGCCUCCUGCCCGAUGACAGCUGGGAUAGGCUCCAGCACCCCCGCGACCCUAGUGAGGAGAAGCGGCUCAGAAAAUGGAUGGAUGGAUGGAAUUUCACCUGCCCGUGAAAUUUUCAUUACAUAGCUAACAACUGCUCAUCGAGAAGCCUCUAGAAGUGCAACGGAGAAGGACUGAGAAUAAUAAGAGGAGGGGUGUGUGCUUCAACGAGGAGGACAAAUUGAAUUGGGAAUAAUUUGGAAGUUGCUGCAGACGUUUAGCGCGAGACACGAAGAGGGAUACUCGCUGGACUGGAACUGGAAGGAAGCAUCAUGUCUGCCUCGCAGCUUCUGCUACUGUUUUGUCUUCCCUUGGCAAAUUGUUUGACGUGUUAUACCUGUGUAUUUCCCGCCAUUUCUCCUCUGGACUGCCUUAAGUUUCCCGAGAAGUGCACUGAUGGACACCGCUGCCUGUCCAGCGUUGCAACAACAAAACGAGGUGCACUUCAAAUAACCAUGUACGAAAAGAGCUGUGCCGCUCCCUCCCAGUGUGGUGUGAGCGGGCAGAAAUACACCAGCGGCCUUUAUUUCAACUUCACCAACGUGUGCUGCAACACAGACCUCUGUAACGGGGCGUCAUCUCUCGGUGCCACCAAGUGGGGAGGAGCGGCGCUCUGCCUGCUACUUGCACUCAGCCUCCUGCUGGCCUGAGAGCUGAAACUGUAUGACAUGCUGUGGUACGCUCCUGUAAUCCAAUAUCAUCUGAAAACGACCAGAAAAGGAAAAACAAAGACUACCAAACUACAUUAUAAUACUAGGCAGACGUUCUCAGACUGGGGUCCAUAAGCCAUAACCUGGGGGUCUGCAAAAUAAUUUACAAUCAAUUGUGUUCGAUCUAGAAGUAGCGGCACGGUGGACGACUGGUUAGCACAUCCGCCUCAUAGUUCUGAGGACCCGGGGUGAAAUCCGCCCUCGCCUGUGUGGAGUUUGCAUGUUCUCCCCUUGCCUGAGUUGGUUUUCUCCGGGGACUCCGGUUUCCUCCCACAUCCCAAAAACAUGCAUGGUUGGUUAAUUGAAGACUCUAAAUUGCCCGUAGGUGUGAAUGUGAGUGUGAAUGGUUGUAUGUUUAUAUGUGCUCUGCGAUUGGCUGGCGACCAGUUCAGGGUGUAUCCCGCCUCUCGCCCGAAGAUAGCUGGGAUAGGCUCCAGCACACCCGCAAGCAUAGAGAGGCUAAGCGGUACAGAAAAUGGAUGGAUGGAUCUAGAGGCACAACAUUUAAUCGAUAACUAAUUGAUUAUCCAAUUAAUUAUUAUAUCUAUUUUGGUAAUCGAUUAAUUGUUUAGAGACAUUGUUUUUGAGUGAAGAGAUGGGAUUAAUUUUUUUUUAUCCAAUUCAUUUAUUAAUUGAAAAGAAAUUUGACAGGUUAAUUCAUGAUUAAAAUAAUCGUUAGCUGCAGCCCUAAUUGGAUCAUUUAAAAAUAACAUAAGUGUACAAAUGUAAGACUCCAACCCAACACAAUGCUGGUCACAAGCCUGGAUAAACAGGGCAUCUGUCCUUAAAAACCUACGGCAAAACAUCAUCCAAAAAACGGCUACCCCGCAUUCGGAAUAAAUUGAGAACAGAAUGACCAUUUUUUUUUAAAAGUGCAUACUUAAAUAUGUGCAUGCCAAUCAAACAAGCUAACCCAAUUACUCCUCCCACCCUUCGCUGAGCCAAUUAAAAGUUCUGAUGUGAUCGGACGAAUCACAUAAAUCUGACAUCCCUGCAUGAAUGCGGCAUUUCUAGCUUUCACACUAGUUUCUCAUGAAUAUUUGUACAGGUGAGGCAAGGCGACCUCAGCAAAAUAUUAGUGGCUUGGAAGCACACAAAGAAAUUCCCUAGAAUGGUCAGAGAAGUCACCAAAUAUAGCUACCAAAUUGUUAAAUCGGCAACUGGGAUUUUAUACAAUAGUUUCUAUAUCCGCAGCCAUUUUGAUAGUGUAAUUCAGCUGAAUUUGGUUGACUUCCUUUCUAUUAAACGAGUCGUAAAUAUUUAGGUUGAAAUGUUUAAAAAUAUAUAUUUCCCAUGGGAUUUAGGGCUGUACAUGGCGGUUAUGUUUAAUUGGUGCAUUAUGAGGGAGUAGGGAAAACAUUCUCCCCUGUAAGGGGUCACUGGACCUAAAAGGUUUGAGAACCCUUGUCCUUGUCCAUAAAAUGUCUGAAGUCCACCUAUGAUUUUGUUAAAAUUUAGAUUUCCCCAUAAAAAAGAAAACAUUUCUGCCUCUGCCUGAUUGUGCCUUAUUUACCACUUGUAGAUGACAUCCUUUUUGUGCAUUGAACUCAAGUAAGCUCUGACCAGGUUCGUUUCUCGACCUUGCCUUUUGCGUCGAGUUUUCGAGACACAACUCCCUUAUCAGUUUGCCCAGCCUGUUAAUAAACUGUUUUUGAAACUCUU